AUGGCCUCCACAUCGACCUCCGGAUCCAGCUCGUCUUCUCGCUUGACCCAGGUCGGCGAGGAAGUGCCCCGCAACGAUUCGGACCUGCCUCCAAAGUUCACGCCCCAGCACAGUUUCGAGCUGCAAGAAGCAGAUGUUCUCCCGUCCGCGACAGCACCCAGACCGCUCGGACGUCGGCUGCAGAGGGCCUUCUUGCUCGACCAUCCGCGCGUGCGCCGUAUAUGGCUCUACUUCCGAGGUCCGAGGCCCAAAGUAGACCUGCCAGCCCCCACCCCAUUCCUCAGCUUGACGCUGCACGCAGGGCGGAGAGCCUACAGCGUUGCUCUCGAACCCGCAUGGAUCCGUUUGACCCGCGCGCUCACGAAUCCAUGGCUCUUCGCACUGCUUGCCGCAGGAUACAUCAUUGGCUUCGCGUUCUUCGCGCGCGCGCAGUCCUUCCUCACCCCGGCGGAUUCGUUCAUCGGGUGCACAGCGACGUACUGGUCAGCAAACGACGGGUGCGGUUUGGAUGGCCAGUUUUGCGCACCAUUCGACAACGCGACGUUCGAUUUCCGAUGUCCGGCACAAUGCAGCUCUGUCGUGCUGCAGAACCCCAGGACGGUCGGCGAUGAGCAAGUCGAUUUCGUACCUCUCAUCGUGGGCGGUGGCGAUGAGGAUGGGACAUACCGAGGAGAUUCCUUCAUAUGUGCCGCUGCUGUGCAAGCAGGUCUCAUCAGCAACUCCCGGGGUGGUUGUGCUACGCUAGAACUCACCGGCAACUUCUCGAAUUACCUCCCGUUCACCGGACACGGUCUCACAUCAAUCGGCUUCCCCACUGUAUUCCCCCUCUCAUUCCGGUUCAACCCAACAACAUCCCUGCAUAGCUGCUCCGACCUACGCAACGAAGCACUGGCAUUCAAUAUCCUCAUCACUGCUCUCCUAUUCCUCGUCCUCCGACCAAAGCCUAUCGUCUUGUACUGGUGCCUGGUGUGCAUCGGAUUUUGGCAUGUCACUCUCUUUUCGCAACCACAGGCGAGCCCCCCACCUCUCGACGUUGCUUUCGAGCAAUUCCUCCCCACACUCUUCGUCGCGUAUGCGUUCUGGCGGCUCGCGUUUCAGCACACGCUCCCUGCGUUCCGGAGGACCCCUAUCGAAGCUUCCGUCUGGUAUCUUGCGCCGUACUGGGCCGGAGUCCUCACCAACCUGACCACGGACAAGAUUCCCAUAGACCGCCUCACCGCGUCCGAUAUCUCGUCACGACCGGGAGCGUUGACCGCACUCAUAAUCAUCGUUGUCAUAAUUCUGGUCAUCGCGAUCAACCAGGUGAGGGUGAUCAGGAAGACAGGAUGGCUCCCGUGGUACCUCGGGUGGUAUAUCGCGGGCGGCCUCGUCGUUCUCGUCCUCUCACAGCUGCCAGGGCUGGAGUUUAGGUUGCACCACUAUAUCCUCGCGAUGGUUCUCAUGCCUGGAACCGGGUUCCCGACCCGACUCUCCGCAAUAUACCAAGGCUUCCUGCUGGGAAUGUUCCUCAACGGAGUUGCCGCCUUCGGCUUCGACUCUAUUCUGCAGACUCCCGCUGAUCUGCGGCGCGAUGCCCCGCUUGGCUCGGACUUGCCGUCUUUCGCCACGAACUCGACCAACUUCAACGCUUCGACACCGUUCCUCAACCAGACUAUCUUCUGGAACGCCCUUCCAGAUGGCGAGGGGUGGGACGGUUUUGCCCUCUUGGUCGACGACGUCGAACGGUACGCCGGCACGGCCCUAAACUACACCCUCUCUGCACUUGACCCGAGCCUCCUACACUUCUUCCGGCUCGCAUUUACGAGCUCGGGGUCAACCGGCGACUUUACCAUGGCUGCCACGCUCUAUCCCAACGGAACGUGGGUGGACCCUCUGCCGGGGCCCUCGUAAUAGACUCGGAUAGCUUUUCCUUCAUGGGUUACAGCGGACUUCUCUCAGCGUAGUCUUCUUCAUUGGGCUUGUAAGUAUACUCUUCACGGACGCUGAACUAAAGUUGUAUUCUCCACACACGCUCCGGCUUCGACCGCCGUAGCCCCGAGUGUGCUGCGAACGUCUUCCUGCGGCGGCGGGGUGCAGCAGCGCUCCGGCUGCGACCCUUGUAGUCCUGCUCGCGCGGGGCAGCGGUGAGUGCUUCUAGCGUCUA